AUGUCGCAUGAGCGUCGUGAAUUUGAACAAGAUAAUCAAAAUGUUGACGAAACGACUAUUUUGUUUCGUAAUGAUAAUUUCUCUGGGAACGCCAUCCCUCUAAACGAUUGUAUCAGCGGAGACAGAUUUGACUUCAGAGAAGCUCUGUUCCUUCUCAACCAAGCUGCACCAGCUCUCUUGGCAUUUUUAUUGCAAUAUUUUUUACAAGUUGCAAGCGUGUUAACCUUAGGACAUUUGGGAUCGAUUGAACUGGCGGCUUUAACAUUAGGUUCCAUGUAUGCAUCAAUUACAUGUUGGUCGAUUUGCUAUGGAACCAUCACGGCAUUAGAUACGUUAUGUCCGCAAGGUUAUACAUCUGGAAACCCGAAGAUGGUUGGUGUAUACACACAACGUUCCAUCCUGAUUAUGAUGCUAGAAUUCAUACCAAUUGGAAUAAUAUGGUGGGUGGCAGAAGAUGUUUUGAUUUCUUUAGGUCAAGAAAUAGAGCUUUCAAAGUUGGCCGCGUUGUAUUUGCGUUAUUCUUUAUGGGGUGUUCCACCUUGUCUCAUUUUUUGGUGUUUAGAAAAAUUCUUGCAAGGACAAGGCAUAAUGAAAGCUACAACUCAAGUUCUACUGAUUUGCUGUCCAGCGAACUUGAUUCUAAAUUACGUGCUUGUUUGGUGGGAACCAAUAGCGCUUGGCUUCGUAGGCGCUCCCAUAGCAACUUCAAUUACAAACUGGCUAAUGCUUCUUCUCACCAUCAUAUACAUAAAAUACAUUGACGGACAUGAAGCAUGGCAAGGGUGGUCUCGUACUAGUCUUGAAGACUGGUCAUCGUUUGGAAAGCUUGCUUUCCCUGGUAUACUUACGUCGUGCGCUGAUUGGUGGAUUUAUGAAAUAAUUGCUUUGGUGGCUGGGUUUCUUGGAGGAGUUCCACUUGCGGCUCACCGGCUUAUUCUCACAAUAGCACUGCUGAUGUUUCAGCUGCCUCGUAGUGUGGCGGUGGCAUCGUCAAAUAGAGUCGGAAAUCUGUUGGGAGCUGGGUUACCCAACCGUGCAAAGAUUACCACGAAUGUGGCAUUUAUUCUUGCCGCCAAUGGAGCUGCUUGCAAUGCUAUUUUAUUGCUUUUCUUCAAGGAUUCCUGGGGGUAUUUGUUUUCGAACGAUAAAGAGGUUGUGGAAUUGGUAGCAAAGAUAUUGCCACUCGCAGCUUUAUUUCAGUUAUCAGAUGGAAUAGGAGCGAUUGGUAGUGGCAUUCUUCGCGGACAAGGACGCCAAAAGGUAGUAGCAGCGAUCUACCUAUCCGCUUACUACUUGAUUGCCCUUCCGUUGGGUCUCAUAUUAGCAUUUAAGUUCAAUUCUGGGUUGAGUGGACUUUGGUGGAGUGUGACCUGUGCUUCUAUAAACAUGGGAAUAGGAAUAUUUAUAGCCGUCUCUGUAACCGAUUGGAAUUUAGAGGUUAACAAUUGUCUGGAAAGGAUGAAUAUUAGUUUAAGAGAUGAAGAAGUUGACGUUGAAUAA